AUGCGAGCAUUACCAGAAGAAACCGAAUUUGUGAAAUAUCUUUUAAAUGUUGGGAACGGAUCGUUAAAUGAUAAUAAUGACCUUUUUCCGGUUCCAGAGCGAUGUGUAGCCCCAAGAAAUGAUGACAUAGUAAAAUCAAUGUUUGAAGAUUUAAUCAAAAAUCAUAGAUAUACAGACUUAGCAAAAAUCGCGGUUUUGUCAGCUAGAAAUAUUGAUGUUGAUGAUAUAAAUAUAGAAGUUGUUGAAUUACUUGAUAAAAGUACAGAAAAAAUAUAUACUGGAAUAGACAGUACAGAAAAUUGUGAUAACGGAGAUAUUGAUGAUGCAAUUUUACCUGAAUAUUUGAAUUCUUUGAACCCUCCAGGCUUUCCGCCAUAUCAACUUAAUUUGAGAAAAAAUUGUAUUGUAAUGCUUCUACGUAAUCUAAGUACAAACGAAGGUUUAUGCAAUGGAACAAGAUUACAAAUAUUAGAUCUUGCAAAUAAUCUUAUUCGGUGUCGAAUUUUGACAGGUGAUAAAGCAGGAAAUAUCAUGUUCUUACAUCGUAUUACACUGUACUGUGAAAAUAUUUAUCCUUUUACGUUUAAACGUCGACAAUUUCCAAUAAAAAUUGCAUUUGCGAUGACUAUAAAUAAAAGUCAAGGCUAA